AUGUCCCGCCUCAGCUACAUCCUUGCCUUCGCCCUCUCCUCCGCCUCCGCCUCCGCCAUGCCGACAUCUUCCACCAACCUCAUCUAUACAAAACUCCCCACGCGCUCCGGCGAAGCCCCCUUCGCGCCCGCCUCCGGUUCCCAGGGGCCCUUCGACAUCUGCAGCGACCCCACGCACGGCCCCUUCGACAGCAAGAACGCGGCGCCCUGGAAGGACUGCCUCGGCAUCCGCGACUGGGCCCGCGACAACAAGGGCGAGUGGGUUUUGAAGCAGACCACCGACCCCAACAACGACGAGGACUGGACCAGCCUGCACACCAUCGGCGGCUGCGCGCUCGUCGUCAAGAACAGCGCGGCCACGGCCGUCGGCAACCAGGACGUCGGCGACCUGAUCGACGCCAUCCACGGGGACGGCGGGUCGGAGAGGGGCAGCGUCGAGGAGAAGGGGCGCUUCGGCAGCUGCCACGGGGGUGUGCCGGUGGACUUCUGGCUGCGGGCCGCUAGCACGAGCCUGAGUGGGCUGGGACUUGAGAUUCCUUGGUAG